UUUUUUUUUUUUUUUUUUCCCGACGAGAAUGGUUGGCAAAUCGCUGGUUGCUGCGAUGAUGCUUGUCGCCUGUCUCGCGUCGUCCGUCCGAGGCGCGACACUCGACAUUGACGUGCCAGACCCAGUGCUCUCGGGCGAUACCUUCCAGAUUGCCAUCCGGCCAAGCCAGCGCCCGCUCAGCGACGUGACAGUCUUGCUGCGAAGCUCCAACGAGGCCAUUGUCAACAUCCAGACACUCACAGUGACGCUGCCGGCAAACUCGACCGCGCAGGUGAUUGCAUACGCCUCUGCACUGGGCGCGGGCAACCCCGACCUCAAAUUCACGAUGGGCGGCGCCGACCCUGCCUUCCGCGGCGAUCUCUCGCUGGGCAUCUCGAUUGUCAAGAACAAGCCGCUGAGCAUUGUCAUUACCGUGAUUGGCUGGAUUUACUUUGUCGCUUGGUCUAUCUCGUUCUACCCGCAAGUCUACGAGAAUUUCCGUCGAAAGUCCGUGGUCGGAUUGAACUUUGACUUUCUCGCAUACAACAUCACCGGGUUUCUGUGCUACUCGGCGUUCAACAUUGGUCUCUUCUGGGUGACUUCCAUCCAGGACUUGUAUUUCGCCGACCACCCGGACGGCGUCAACCCGGUUCAGGCGAAUGACGUGUUUUUCGCCAUCCAUGCCGUUGUUCUGACCCUGGUGACGAUCGUGCAAUGCUUCAUCUACGAUCGUGGCGAGCAACGCGUCUCGUGGAUUUCACGCAUCAUUCUGAUUGGCGCCUGGCUUUUCGCCUUUAUCUCGUUCUGGAUUGCCUUCAAGGGCAUCAUUUCGUGGCUGACGUACCUCUACUACUUUUCCUACAUUAAGCUUGGCAUCACUUUGAUCAAAUACGUUCCUCAGGCGUUUAUGAACUUCCGUCGCAAGAGCACCGUCGGCUGGAGCAUUGGCAACGUCUUGCUGGAUUUCACUGGUGGCGCCCUGAGUAUUCUACAAAUGUUCCUCCUGGCGUACAACAGCGACGACUGGAGCAGCAUUUUCGGCGAUCCAACCAAGUUCGGCCUCGGUCUGUUCUCCGUGGUGUUUGACGUCUUGUUCAUCAUCCAGCAUUACUGCCUGUACCGCCACAACCGCGAGGACCCUGCCAGCUACAUGUAUUCGCCAUACCCGCUCAACGGUGAUUCGCAAGAUCGAUCACGGCUGCUGACGCCCGACUUGUAAAGAAGAAAACAAACGAACGAAAAACAUCCAAUACAAGCAUUUUGUUUUGAAUGGUAUUGUUGAAUGACAAGAAUUUUCAUGUCC